AUGGCAAUUAUGGAUUGCAUAAUGAAAGAAAACGAUGUAUCGGCCGUUCAAGUGGCUCUAAGAAUUCGACCUCAGGUAGCUCGCGAAAAACUUGAGCUGUGUAGAAUUUGCACAAGCGUAACGCCUGGCGAACCUCAAGUAACGAUUGGUGAGGAUCGUUGUUUCACCUAUGAUCACGUUUUCGACCAACAAACAGCUCAGAGUAAUAUCUUUGAGAGCUGCGUUGCAAAUCUUGUCGCUGGAACAUUUGAAGGAUUUAAUGCAACAGUUCUUGCUUAUGGCCAGACUGGAAGUGGUAAAACUUAUACAAUGGGAACUGCAUUUGAUAUGAUCGAUGUAAUAAAUGAAGAAGAGGUUGGAAUCAUUCCUCGAGCAAUUAAGUAUCUUUUUAAUGAAAUUGAAGCGCGUAAACUUCAAGCUAGAGAGAAGAAUCAGUUUGAACCUGUUUUUGAUGUUGCUGCUCAAUUUGUUGAGGUUGCCCUUUUUAAUAUACUUUAUAAUGAAGAAGUGGUGGAUUUAUUGGCUGAUGAUCGAAAUUCUUCAAUUACUUUAAGAAUUCAUGAAAAUUAUAAUGGCGAAAUAUUUUUGCAUGGCGUCACGAAGAUAAAUGUGUCAAACCCGGAUGAGACUUUAAUGGUAUUGAAAAAUGGUGCUUUGAAUCGAAAAACAGCUUCGACGAAUAUGAACGAACAGUCAUCGCGUUCACAUGCUAUUUUUACAAUGUUCAUUAAACAAAGGAGAGGUUGUAUCUUACCAACUGUGAAUGUGAGUAUCAUUUUUUUUUGUAUACUGUUGCUUUAUGUUAUUUCCACUAGAAAUUUUUAUUUCUUAUUGGUAACCAUUAUUUAUUUUCAUGACUUCCAAAAAGCUCGCGUUUAUAGUUGCAUUUAUUUAGGCCAUCUUUCGUUUGACCGUUUAGUACAAGAGCGGAAUUAA